GCUGGCCUCCCCAGCCCCCUCCUUGUCCCAGGACCCGGAGUCAGAGCCUGAGCCCGACCGGCGGCACAACCACGAGGAGCAGUAUGUGAGCGAGGGCGAGUACAACCAGCCCGAGACACGUCCGGCGCCUCCCGACUGCAGGGACGCCGAAACCAUCACAGAUGUCUGUAACAGCACUGACCUGCCGGAGUUUGAGAUCAUCAGUCUUCUGGAGGAGCAGCUGCCGGUGUACCGCUUGCGGGCCGACACCGUCUAUGGCUACGACCAUGACGACUGGCUCCACACGCCCCUCGUCGCUCCCGAGGCCAGGCUCGACCUGACCACCGAGCAGAUCGAAGAGACACUAAAAUACUUCUUGCUAUGUGCAGACAGAGUGGGCCAGAUGACGAAAACCUACAAUGACAUUGAUGCUGUCACACGUUUGUUGGAAGAGAAAGAGAGAGAUCUGGAGCUUGCUGCAAAGAUUGGCCAGUCGCUCCUUAAGAAGAACCGGACUCUCACAGAGCAGAAUGAGUAUUUGGAGGAACAAGUGGGACAAAUCACAGAGGAGGUGGCCCAGCUGCACCAUGAGCUGAACCUGAAGGAUGAGCUGCUGCAGUUUUACACCAAUGCAGCUGAAGAGAUCGAGGAUGAAUCCAGCAGCUCCCCAACGGGUAAAAAAAGCAAAGUGGAAACUGCUUCAGGAGGCUUUGUGAGCGACACGCUCCAGAAGAAACUCAAAGAGCUGGAAGACGAGAACCUGUCACUCCGCUCAGAGGCUAACCAUCUAAAGUCAGAGACCGAAACUUAUGAAGAAAAGGAGCAGCAGCUCGUGAACGACUGUGUCAAAGAGCUCAGGUUGUCCAGUCUUCAGAUUUCUGCCAUAGCGGAGGAACUGGCCCGUAAGACUGAAGACGCAUCACGACAGCAAGAAGAGAUCACACACCUCCUCUCUCAGAUAGUAGAUCUGCAAAAGAAAGCCAAAUCUUAUGCAGUGGAAAAUGAGGAGCUCUCUCAACACCUGCUGGCAGCUAAAGAUGCCCAAAGGCAGCUCACAGCAGAGCUCCAGGAGUUAGAAGAGAAGUACUCAGAGUGCAUUGAGAUGUUGCAUGAAGCUCAGGAGGAGCUGAAGAACCUGAGAAACAGAAACUACCCUACAGGAACCCCACGCCGCUACCACCCGCUGGGACUGUACCCGAUGGACUCUCUGGCAGCUGAGAUUGAGGGAACGAUGAGGAAGGAGCUGAGUCUUGAUGACCCAGAGUGUGAAGAACAGAAGAUCCAUCGGAAACGUGUAUUUGAGACGGUCAAAAAUGUUAACCAGACAGUUCGUCAGCGUUCUCUGACUCCAACCAACUCCAACAUCCCGGGUUCUAACCAGUCCCUGUCAGCUCGAACGUCACCCCAAUCGAGUGGUCUCUCCACACCCCACUCCAGCAUAUAUGGAGGUGACCUUAGUGGAGAAAGUGUAGCCCUUGAUAACCGAACACAGAGCAUCCUAAUGGAGACGGCAUCCAAUCAGGAAAGCUGCACAGAGGGCCAGGAGAAGAAGGCAAGUGGGGCAGAGGACUUGCGGCUCGCUCUGCGUCGCCUGUCUUUGCGCCGACAAAACAAUUUAAGUGAAAGGCGCUUCUUUGAAGAGGAGCGAGAGCGACGGCGGGAUGGACACCCUGGACUCCACGAUGCCCUCAGCCAGGAGAGUCUGUUAACCCCAUCCGAAAGCAUCAUGUCCCUCGGAAACCUCCACCUCUGGGCCUCGCGAGGGCCCUACCUCCCCGACAAGCUUCAGAUCGUCAAACCACUCGAAGGAUCUGCCACUCUGCACCACUGGCAACAGUUAGCCCAGCCUCACCUGGGUGUGAUCCUGGAUGCCAGGCCAGGAGUUGUGCCAAAGGGCUACAGACCUCUAGAACUAGAGCUGGAGCAGGCGUACCCAUGGGGCGGCUUUGAGGAGGAUGAACCAGGAGAGCAAUACUUCCAAAAUCUUCCCACCUCCUCAGCUUCUGCCUCACCGGCAGUGCCCCCCACCUCCAGUACAAGUGAAGCCAACCUCGUGCAGCCUUCAGUCACCCUGGCUCCACCUUCUCCGCCCUCACCAUCACCAUCACCACACCUCAGCAACACCGAUGCUCUGGCUGCAUACUACCCAGGUAAAUGCAUGGCGCACACCAGCUCCACUUACACCUUUACAACCUGUCGGAUCCUCCAUCCAACUGAUGAGCAGACGCGGGUUACGCCAAGUUUAAACCCAGUGCCUGCAUCGUCCUCCUGUGUGAUGACCAGCACUCUGCUGGGUACUCCUGCUGCUACUCCCUGCACGUCCCGCAGGCUCAGUCUCAGGCCCUCUGAAUCCUCAACUAACCUCAGAGAUGCUACACGCACCACCAGCACCUCCCUGGGGUUGGUACGUCUUCUCCAGGAGAGAGGAAUCUCAGCAGCUGUGUAUCACCAGAGCCAGGGCCUGGAGCAGGGUCAGGGCAGCGGAGGAGUCCUAUUAAGCACCUCCAUUGCCCCCAACCGAACAUCUAAUCCCGAUCCUCUGCGGCCCUCGACCCCUCCAAACUCUCCCACAAGACAGGGAGCUUCAGCUGUGCCAAGCUCCGCCGGCUUUGACUUCAAGAGUCCUUCUUAUGAGAACUUCCUGGCUUCCAAACCAGCCCGUUCCAUCCUGAAGGAGGUGACAGGGGGGAUGAGAGGCAGGCAGCGAGGGAGGGACUGUGAAAGCCAAACAGACGUUAGCGUGGCCGUCCACAAUCUGAACCUGGUAGACAAGGUGAAGCGGCUGGGUGUGGCUGGAGCUCCCGGAAGCAGAGCGAUGAGCCCUGGUCCCAUGCUAGGGCCUCUGGGUGGACUGCGUAGAUCUGGCUCCCCUUUUGGACCUGAUGGAAUGAGGAGGAAUCGGAGUUAUCCAGGCAUGGUUGGAGCCAGCAUGGUCAUGAAAGCCCCAGGGCCCCAAGAGUAGUCUGGAUAGCUGCUGGCCAACAGGGUAGACGAGUAGGAGCCCAGCGGGGCCAAGGACCGGCUGUUGAUCAGUCACCUGGAGCCCAUAAAAAUAUUCACACUGUACAACAGCAACAUGGCACUACUGACCUAUUUCUAAUCACAGCUACAGUUUUACACAAACAUUACACCUCUGUAGUGCUUUACAGUGGUGAUUCACGCUUGAACGAAGAGAAAAAUAACUUAAAGGGUCAGUUCAUCCAAACUACACAGCAACAUCUUCUGACACAGCUCUGCUGGUAUAUACUGUCUGUGCUGUAGUUUUGCUUUUGUGUGCCCGGAUUUUGAGAUAUUGCUAAAAUGACCGGACAGAUUGGAGGCUCUUCUGUGUAAGCACUGAACAGUGACAUUUAAAGACUUUCAGUUAUUAAAUUCAAUUAUUAAAUUAAAUUAAACGGUGAUGACGAAGCUUACAUUCUUUCUAGCUUUAACAGGUCUGAAUUUAAAUUUUUGCCAGAAUUCCUGCCGAACUGAAAACAAGUGCUCCCACGUCACCUGCAUUCAUCUUCAUUUUUAUAAAAAUUAGUAAGUGUUUUUCUUCGAGAAGCGCACUCUUUUAAUACGCUGUAAUGAUGUAAAAAUUAAGGGGAAAAGGCUAAUGCAGUUUUAGGAGAAAAAAGUCAUUUAAUUAUGCCGUUCAGGUACGUCAUGCUUCUAAAAGCCAAGAGUGCUAAAUGUGAAUUUGAUUGGAUCUCACAGGACGGGUCUAGGCAGGAACACUUAGUCAGUUUUCUGAUAGACAGUGGGAAGGUGCUGAAUAAUACAUGCAGCUGCUUAUAUUUCGAACACCUGCUGUAGUUCUGGUUUUAAUGAUGAGACUAACUAAAAGUGAUGACGAGGCUCACCUUCUCUCUAGCUGUAACAGGUCUGAGUUUAAAUUUUUGCCAGAAUUCCUGCAAAACUGAAAACAAACACACCCGCCUCAGCUUUAUUUUGACUUUAGCCAUUAUUAGUAAACCUUAGCAUGCUAACAUGCUAACUCUUAAGAUGGUAACUAGUUUCUUCCAUGUGUAUGAGCAACAAAUGCUUCUUAUUAAUUUAUUUCUAUUAUACCUGCUUCUAGCCACAAAAUACACAUUUUUUAAAAUUUUGAUAAGUGGAACACUGACAAUAUGUCUGAACUGAAAUAAAAACACAUUUACUUAAAGUUUUCUUAAUCGGAAGCUAAUAAUGUACAUAAAUGUUUUGUCAUUUUCUAAUGCGCACGGAUUGAUCAGGAAAGAAUUUAUAGCAUUUACAUGCCAUUAAGGGAGGAACCCUUAAUGGUAGCUGUUCUUACCCUGUGAGCUAUAGAUGGUGACAUAAAGAAUAGAUGCAAGCAGCAGAAAUGGGUCUCACUUAGAAAUAAGGGGAGGAGCUUAGUUAUUCAGGCGGGACUUGAAGGACUACUACUCCACAUCAAAAGGAGGCAGUUGAGGGGGUUCAGGCAUCUGAAUAGGAUCACCUGAUGACAAGUCAUACCCGGAGGGGGCAGAGGAUGUAUGGAUGGAUGCAUAAGCACCCCCUAUGAAAUGCUUUUGAGCAUCUGGAAGUCUUUCCUUGUCAUUGUUAGCAUGUUGAGUUUAGCAUGUAUGUCAAAGCACUCUUUAUAGAGCUGCUGUAAUCUCUGCUCACUCUCUAAUUUUCAGAUAUCUAAAUUUCUGGACACACAAAGCCAGUUUUAUGUAACUUAAUUUUACAUAAUUGGGUGAACUGACCUGUUAAAACAGAAUACACUGAAAGCGAGCUACUGAAAUAUCACUCGGAUUCCUGCUUUGGAGACUGACUCUGCUGGCUAGAUGUAGUACUCCCACUCUUGCCUUUUCUGAAACACAUCCACAGAAUCCCACGCACAUCCAGACUCACACAGGUGCACUCUGCUAAAUCUUCCAUGCACUGGCUGGCUAUUUGUAGUCGCUGUAGCACUGAAACAUGCCUUUCUACUUCAAUACUAGCAGAUAAAAAUUUCAUAAGUGGUUUUAAAAAAAGUACACCGAAUUCAUAAAAUAUGUCAUCCUCUGUCUCUCUCUCCUUUCUUUUGAAGGGAUUAAGUGUGAGUCUGACAAGUCACUUUCACUAAAUCAUCGAAUAGAUUUCACGCCAGUGUUAAAGGUACUUCAGUUUCAUUUUCUAAAUGGCCGUUAGACAGUAAAGCUGAUGGUACUUCCACUGAACUGGAGAGAUCAAUACACUGAGGGAUUGCUUUAUCGUGGUUGGAAGCUAUUUUUCCCUUAUUGUUUUAUGGUUUUAUCAGAGAAAUGAAGCAAUACAGUGCCUCAGCCUUUUGUGUUUUGUGAUUUUUUCCUUGUCAUGCAGGUCCGAAGGCGCUCACACAACCAUAGUUUGCACUUGUGUUUAUUUAUUUUUAAAAAUCCUGAUUUUAAGAUAUUUUUUUGUAAAAAAUAGCAUCGUCUUACACACUGUAUGUAUAUACUGUUCACAGUCACUAUAAUGUCAUGUGUAGAUGAACCAUUAUGUGUAGUGCGUUAACCAAGAACCACACAUUGCUGUAAGUAUCUGGGUGAGCAUGUAAUCAGGGUUUUUCCAAAUAAAAAGUCAUC